AUGAAACUUGCAAUUUUCACUUACAUUCUUGUUUGAAUGUGUAAGCGCGGGCUGUGGUGUAAGCAGUAACUAUAAAACCAGCAGCUUUUCGCUUCCUGGGGGUCUUGCUUGGGCCUGCGUGCCGAGAAGCUUGACCCCAGCUCGCUGGCUGAAUACGCUCCGCUUGCGUGUUGCAUUACUGGCUGAACUCUUUGUGCACGUUCCGAGAGGGGGAAAUUCUCCGCACCGGACCCUAACAGAGUGACCUUGAAGAAAGCAGCUGAUAACUUCAGUCCAUCACCAUGCAAGUUCCGGCAGGCGCAGUGCAGCGGGGAAACCGAGCAGCUGCAGGGCCACCGUCCACGGGCAGAUGCAUUCCAGUGUCGUCUGCCUGGACCGACGCGUCCCCCGGUGCAGAGCCUUAACCACGAAGGGUAGCGACUGCUCCGUGGCCCUGAUGCAGGCCCGUGCCGGGAAGGGGGGCAAGGCCGAGCCGCGGGACCCGAGGGGAUCUGAGCGCAGGGCGGGCGGGGGGAGCCGGGCUCGACCCCCCCCACGCCCCCCACCCCGAGCGCCGGCGGCUCCGCGGGCAGCAGUGCGGCUCGAGGGUCUCCCAGUGCGCGGCGCCCGCGGGCCCCGAGGAUGUGGGGGCGCCGCGGGGAGAAUGCGGGACCCCCGCCCGCCCAGUGGUCGCGGGCGGCUGCUCAUCCUCCCCUACCUUCCCCCUGCAAACGCCUUCCCGCAAGAGGGAAGAGAGCUUGGUUCUCUUUUCCGUGAGGAGACAGACCUGAGAGUAACCGUUUUCACACUGCGACAGGAGCCAGGUCGAACCCGGGCUGCCCGCGUGCUCGCUCUUGGCCCGGCCACAGGAGCUAGGUCGAACCCGGGCUGCCCGCGUGCUCGCUCUUGGCCCGGCCGGGCCGCCUCUCCUCCUCCUCUCCUGUCUCUAAGAGGCUCCUGGGCUCUUGGGGACCCAGCCAGGAAGGUGGGCUCUGCCAAUUUCUGCAGCGUUCACGGAGGCUCCCCGCUGUGCCAAGGGUGCACCCGGACAGCUUCGCGAGGGGCCUGAGCCCACCACCCUGUAAUCGGUGCUUUGGCCAGAGCGCCAACGCCAGGGUCACAGAAACCAUUUCCUAACGCGUGAUGAUGGGCUAUGGAAUUGUUUCCCAAUUUCAU